AUGGCUGCUGGCGACCACGACGACGACGAUGAGCACAUGAUGGAGGACAAAUACGCUCAAUACGCCAAUAUCCCCAUCCCCUCGUACGACGAAGCGACGGCCUCGCGAUCCACUUCCUCCCAAGACACCCACGACAAUGCCACCAACAACAACACAGCGGAGAGGGAGGGGCUGCUGACCUACCACCACCCCACCGUGGAAUCCGCCCGCACGAGCCUCGGCUUCGACGCCGAAGACGAAGACGAAGAAGCCGAUGAUCUCCGCCUCCCCGAAGUGAACGGGCACAACAACGACAUCGAACGGCGACAAAUCGAGGAGCUGGACUACCUCGACCCCUCCUACCCGGACUCCUCCCGUCGGAGUCCGCGCUUAUACCAUCGGGUCCGGAUACGAAGUGGGAGGAAGUGGGGCCGGCAAUUGUCUAGCUUGGGAGCCACACUGUCCAAUCUACGAUUCCCUAUCCCUUCUUUCCGCUCCUUGUAUAGACCCGUGGAUACGGAUGAAGAAGGGGAGGCGCGGCCGGAUACGAGGACCUGGUUGAGUCGGUUCGUGUCGAGGGUUGGUGUGCCGGAACGCUAUCGGCUUUCUGGUCCUACUGCCGCGAGACUGGCCGGCUUGUUUACACUGCUCACUUUCAUCUACUUCUUAUUCGCUUUCGACCUCUUUCCUGGAUCUCGUAGGGGACUAGGGAACCGUUUCGAUCCCGAAGCCGUGCGCCGGUUUGUGUUGGAACAUACUUCUGGGGAGAACAUCCGGCAGACGCUGGAGCACAUCACUUCUUUUGAUCAUGUGGCGGGGACGGAAGGGGAUCUGUAUCUGGCCAAGUGGAUGGAGGGUAUGUGGACGGAGCAGGGAGUAUUUGAUCAGGUGGCGCUUUUGCCAUAUCAUGUUUAUUUGAAUUAUCCGGGCGAGAGGGGAGUGGAGAUUAUGCGGCCGGAGGGAGCGAGGUGGACGGCGAGGUUGGAGGAGGAGCAGGCUGUGCCCGGGCGAGUGCAGAUUGGGGCUUGGCAGGGUCAUAGUUGGAGUGGGGAGGUGGAGGGGCAUUUGGUUUAUGCUAAUGGGGGGAGUUGGGAUGACUAUGCUUGGUUGAGGGAGAAUGGGGUUGUGGUGAAUGGGUCUGUGGCGUUGGUGAAUUUUGGCGGGACGCAGGCUGAUGCGGGGUGGAAGUUGAGGGCGGCGCAGGAGGCGGGGUGUGUGGGGGUGCUGAUGUAUUCUUCGCCUUCGGAUGUGGCGGAGGAUAGUGCCUGGCGGCCGCCGGACGAUAUGGUGCAGAGGGGUGAUGUGGGGAUGGGUGACUGGGUGCUGGGGGAUCCGCUUACGCCGGGUUUUGCUAGUCAUAGUGACUCGAAGAUACCUAGGCUGAGUAUGGAGGGUAAUCGGGGGUUGCCGAGUAUACCGUCUUUGCCGUUGGCAUGGCGGGACGCGAAGGAUCUGAUCAAGGCUUUGGACGGGCAUGGCGCGUCUGUGCCGUUCAGCUGGGUUCAUUGGCCGGGCGAUGGGUUGGACAAGCAUUGGUUUAGCGGGACGGCUGAGGCGGAGGAUGCAGAUGUACCGAUCGUGCACCUGAAGAACAUGAAUGAUGAGAAUCCACUGCAGGAGAUCUGGAAUUUGCACGGCAUGAUGGAAGGGCUCGAGCAGCCGCAGAAGAAGAUUCUCGUCGGCAACCACCGAGACGCGUGGUGCUUUGGCGCUGUAUCCCCCGGCUCAGGCAGUGCAGUCAUGAUGGAAGUCGUGCGCAUCUUCGGCGAACUCAAGAAACUCAAUUGGCGUCCCCUCCGGACCAUCGAAUUCGUAAGCUUCGACGCAGGCGAAUAUAACAACAUCGGCAGCACCGAGUACGUAGAAGACACCACCGACUUCCUACGCGAAAACGCCCUCGCCUACAUCAACGUCGAUACCGGCGUCUUUGGAGAUAUAUUCACCGCUUCGGGGUCCCCAGUCUGGGAACGCCCGCUCCUCCACGUCCUCGACCGCAUCUCCGCCCCCGAAACCAACGACACCCUCACCCUCAAACAAAAAUGGGCCCAACACUCCUCCGCCUUCCAACCCCUAGGCCACGCCAGCGACUACGCCGCCUUCCAAUCCAUAGCGGGGACCUCCUCCCUCGACUUCUCCUUCGUCGCCGGCACCGGCGCACGCGAGAAAUACUUUCCCUAUAACUCCUGCCAUGACACUCUAGCCUGGAUGGAAACUUACGGCGACCCCACCCCGGACUUCGCAUACCAUUCCACUCUCGCCCAAAUCUGGACCCUCCUCAUCCUCGAACUCGCCGAUCGUCCGAUGAUACCCUAUGAUAUUCGCUCCUACGCGGCGAAACUCCAAACAUGGACCCAAGACCUUGAACGCCACGCCGCGGGCCUCUGGGCCCAACAACAGAAUCUCCAGCACGCAUCCGCCGGGGACUUACAAACCGCCACGGGAUUCACAGUAAAUCCACUCACACAAGCCAUCGCCGCCCUAACCGAGCAAGCAAACACCUUCCACAAAUUCGAAGAAACCUGGACCUCCAACGUCCUCGCCUCUGGGGGGCUGGAAACCCGCGGCUUCGCCGCCAAACGCCUUGAAUACAACAACCGCCUCGCGCGCUUCGAAACCGAUCUCUUAGAUCUGCAGGAUAAUGCGCAGUGUCCUCAUGGUGGGGGGAUGCCGGGGAGGUGUCAGUUCAAACAUAGCGUUUUUGGGCCGGUGGGGGAGGAUGGGGUGGGAGGUGGGGUGGGGAUCUUUCCGUUUGUGAGGGAUGCGAUGGAGAGGGGGGAGUGGGAGAAGGCGGGGGUUUGGGUUGGGAGGGUGGCGGGGAGGGUGAGGGAGGCGGGGAGGAGGAUUAUUGAGGGGAAUUGA